UCAUUUUCAACUUAUAAAACAGAAAUAGCGAGAGAGACAUAACCUGCAAAAACAAUUGAUAAAUCAACAAAACGCAUGAAUGGAGACGAAGAACGUGGAUCUUCCUCAUGAAUUGAUGAUCCAAAUCCUACUAAGGUUACCAGUGAAGUCUCUUAUACGUUUCAAGUGCGUUUGUAAGUAUUGGUUUUCUCUUAUCUCUCGUGAUUCACACUUUGCAAAUUCACAUUUUCAACUUUCCGCCGCAAAACACACUCGUAGAGUUUUAUUCAUAUCAACUUCAGCUCGUCUAACCCGAUCUAUAGAUGUAGAUGCAUCGGUUGACCAUGAUUCUGCUUCACUCAAUCUUCAUUUUCUGCUUCCCGAAUCUUAUUCUGAUCUUCAAAUUAAAGGUUCAUGUAGAGGCUUUAUACUUUUGCACUGUUCUUUAACUUUAAGCCUUUACCUUUGGAAUCCAUCCACUGGAUUUCAUAAAAAAAUACCUUUGCCUCCUUUUGCUUCUCAUUUAGAUGAUGGAAUAGAUUAUUUCUAUGGUUUUUGGUAUGACCCAUUAACAGAUGAUUAUUUGGUUGUUUCAAUGUCCGUUGAUCCAUCACACUUGGAGAUUUUCUCAUUGAGAGCUAAUACAUGGAAAGAAGAAAUUCACUUUACUCAAUUCUCUUGUGUGGGUGUAUCUGAAUUUGAGCCCAAACCAGGGUUGUUUUUUAAUGGGGCUAUUCAUUGGUUUGCUUUUCAUCUUGGUUUGCGAUUGGAUGUUAUUAUUUCCUUUGAUUUAAUCGAAAGGAAACUUUUUUAUAUUCAUUUUCCAGAUGAGUUUAACCGUGAACCUCACGAUUGUGGUUUGUGGGUAUUUGGAGAAUUUUUCAGUUUUUGGGCUAUGGAUUAUGAUAAUGAUACAGUUGAAAUAUGGGUGAUGAAAGAAUAUAAAGUGCGUUCGUCUUGGACAAAGACUCACGUUCUUCCUAUUGAUGGCAUUCCCACUCAAUACUUUUCCCCUUUAUGCUCUACAAAAAGCGGUGAUAUUAUUGGAACAGAUGAUCUUAAUAGAUUGGUGAAGUAUAAUGAUGAAGGACAGUUGUUAGGACAUCGCUCCUACUAUGACAAUCUACGUCAAUGUCAAGUGGCCAUGUAUACAGAGUCUUUGCUGUCACUUCCUGGUGACAAUGAGCAAGCUUAAGAAGAUGACACAAACAAGAAGAAGAAUGAGAUUCCUUCACCUUUUUUUUUUUUUUUUUUUUUUUUUUUUUUUUUAUAUUUAUAAUGAUAUUUUAUUUUGUACUUUGGGUGGAUGCAUUUGUAGGUUAAUACGUGUUUGAUUGUAUUUGUAAUGAGCUGAUCGAACAUGUCAUGCAAUGUUUAUUGGUUAACAAUUUGUAAUAUGCUUAUUGGAAACAUUGAUAUCUUUGUUUGUGUGAUUCAUUGUUAUACUUAUUCAUGUAUGUGUAACUUGUUUGAA